UUUUGCAGCGCUCAUGCAACAUCGCCAACAGCGUACCCAAGACAGGCCGUAGACAGUCCGCUAUAUAGGUCCGCUUGACUUGACAGUCUGUUCUCUGACGCCACUCAUGUAGAGGCGGAACGCAUCACACCCGAUCUGUUCCGCUAUAAGACUUUUGAAGCAUGGAUUUCAUAGUCAAAGUGUAGAAUAUUGUGUUAUUGCAGAGGACGGAAUUAAAUACAUCUCAUUAUCACUAACUCCAUGCACUGCUCAACGGCUACAGGAGUCCGUCUGCCAGUAAGAUGAGGUUGCUACAACACUGACCGACAACACGUCUCACACACUGGAUCACAGUAACCUGUAUGCAACACACUCCUGCAGACCAAGAUGCGUGGAUCUGCCCUGUCUCGGUGGCUGAUGCUGUGUCUGCAGCUAUUGGGGAUGGUGGUUUUCAGGACACAAGGAGAGGUCAUCGCCCCCUCCAGCAUGACCGUUGUGGCGGGCCUCCCCUUCACGCUGGGCUGUAACGUCACCAUAGCAACUGGCGACACUGUCAAGCAGGUCCGCUGGCUGAACAAACACAAGCAGGUUCUCUUGGCGUACGAGCCGGGCGAGUCGGUUAGAACCACCUCCCGCCAAGACAACGUGGAGCUAACUUCAUCGCACAACAACGUCAGCGCCAUCACCAUCAAGAGUGCGGGGCCUAACGACGAGGGCUGCUACCACUGCAUCUUUGACAUCUACCCCAGCGGAGCACAGGAGGGAAAGACCUGCCUCAGUAUCGAAGUCAAAGUGGGCAACGAGGGAAAUAAAACAGCCAUCAGCGGGAAGCUGGCCACCAUGUCCUGCUGGUACGGCCUCCCAGACAGGGUACGCCAGGUCCUGUGGAGAAAGACUGCAGAGCAGGGCGACACAACCACGUUGGCCUCCUUUGCCAAGCGAGGCCAACCCAGCAUUGAGGAACCUUAUCGGGGACGUAUGACCCUGAACCCCUCCCUGGGAGACACCCAGCUGUCCAUCAGGCCGGUGAAGACGAAGGACGAGGGCUGCUACACCUGCGAGUUCCACACCUACCCAGAAGGCACCAGGAGCGCCACGGCCUGCCUCUUUGUAUAUGUGCUGCCCAACCCAGAGAUCACCCACGUGACCUCCAGCGGGGUCAUCGAGGCCAACUGCACGGCCGCAGCCCGUCCUGCAGCCCAGAUGGUAUGGAAUGUGGAGGGGGACAAUCGGACGCUAGGGCCGUCCGUGUCCUCGUCUUACGACCAGGGGGACGGCACCACCCUGGUCACCAGCACCCUCCUCCUCCAGGAGGGCCUGCCCCACGACCUGUCCGUCAAAUGCAUGGUGCACCACCGAGGCCUGGAGUCGCCCAUGUCCGUCAACCUCAAUGUUGGUCCGGCCCUCACUACUAUCAUCUCAGUAUCCUGUGUGGCAGCCCUGCUCCUGUGCUGUCUGUGUGUGUGCCUCUGCAAGUGCUUCCUGUGCCGAGACGAUUGAGAUUUGACCUGGAAUGGUGGAAGAAGGACUGUUUUGAUGAGAAACCAGAGUUCUGGUCAUCCAGCUAGACCUAUCAGCUCCUCAGCACCAUAUGCUCCAUGUCUGUUAGAAGGAACAGCUCACUACAGUACUACACAUCACCAUACGCUCCAUGUCUGUUAGAAGGAACAACUCACUACAGUACUACACAUCACCAUAUGCUCCAUGUCUGUUAGAAGGAACAGCUCACUACAGUACUACACAUCACCAUAUGCUCCAUGUCUGUUAGAAGGAACAGCUCACUACAGUACUACACAUCACCAUACGCUCCAUGUCUGUUAGAAGGAACAACUCACUACAGUACUACACAUCACCAACAGCUGUUUCUCCAGGCUCCACUGGGUGAACUGGACAUAAACCUUCAUCCCACCAGUGACAACAACAUCAACAACACUAAAGCCAUGUUUCUAUUAACAGUAGAUAUAAAGACACUUAUCAAAAUGUGGCUUUGAAGUUUAGUCUGUCGAGAAUGGUCCCAGAUCAGUUUGUAAUGACUUGCCAACUCCUAUUGUCAUUGUCAGGCCAAUGGCUCAACAGAUCUGGGAUCAGGCUAUAAUCGGUACACUCGACGAAGAAAAAAAAGUCUAGGACAAAGGCCGUUAUUAAAAAGUGCUUUAAAAGUAGGAGUUUUUUAAAUGAUACGUUCGCUAAAACGUUCUAAUUACACACUGUGAUGUAUUUUAACAGUUACAGUGUGUUUAAGGACCAGGCUGCUUUUUUGUGUAGGAGUUCUCCUGUUAUUUGUUUGUGUGAUUUUGCUACUGUAUGGGGGGGGGGGGGGUGUGUGUGACAUAUAUCUUUAUUUUAUGACUCAAAAACACACAAGUUGACUUCAUGGGAGUCCCAGUAUUAAAAUGCAAUUGCAAUUUGCCAUGUAUAUUACAGUUAGCUAUAUGACAUCAUUUAGAAUACAAACAAUAAUAUAUAUAUUUCUCAUGCUCAAUAUUUAACUGACAUAUUUACAACAGGGUAUGACAACAUGUCUGUGUGCCUUUCCUAUUGAAGCAUAUUCCUACCAUCUGCCCAUUUGAGUUGAAGGUGUAAUUAAAGCAGGAAAAUGGCUUCCAUACUUUUCAGCCUGUUUAAACCUCACAACAGAUGUAUGAAUACACAUGAAUUACUACUGUUUAUUAGCAAUAAACUCUUCAGCAUCUUCCUAAAGUCAGUAUUAUAAACCCUAUAGUGUAACGUCACACCAAAUCAGCUUACCCAAAAUAGUCGAGACAGCGAUGGAAGUUGACGUGAUUGUGUCAAUGAAAUAUGCUUAUGACAUUGGAUGUCAGGUUGGGUAAAUCAGAAUAGCCUUUUAGGCGACUGUCCCUUAAGACACUGUGAAUAUUCCUGUUGGAAUGUCAAACAGCACUAAUAGUGAGCUUAGCUGUGUGUUUCUAAAUGAUGCCUGAGGAUCACUGGUGAAUAGAUCUACAGCAGAAAGUAUUCACCCUUUGUCUUUCUCCACAUGUUGUUGUGUUACAGUCUGAAUUUAAAAUGGAUUACAUUGAGAUUUUGUGUCACUGGCUUAUUACAAAGUAAUUAAAAAUGAAAAGCUGAAA